UUAUGGGAAAACGUAAUUUCUGUCCAAUGCGCGUGCUGUGACGUGACAUAAUGGGACGUAAGCGUGUAAAAACGCUCGAGGCGGAGCGUGAAGCGAACAUUCUGCUUCAGUUUAUUGAUCGGACGGCAUCAGACAGAUAUUUGCCCGCAGAUAUCUAAUACCACAGCUUAUUUUUUGGGAGGUUAUGGACAGGACGCUGCUCUGAAGAAGUGUGGAACAGACUAAGGUUACAGGCGAACACUCGGAAAUAAUGAUGAAGAAGGAUAUCAGUCUGACCCUGGUGGACGACGCAGACCUCAAACCGCAUCUCCGCGACGCCGAGAGCCUCCUCAACUCCCCGGAUUUGGGUCUGCUCAAGCUGGCUUCCCCAGAGCUGGAGAGGCUCAUCAUCCAGUCCAACGGACUGGUCACCACCACACCAACCAGCUCCCAGUUCCUCUAUCCAAAGACGGUGACGGACGAGCAGGAGUUCGCCGAGGGCUUCGUGAAAGCGCUGGAGGACCUGCACAAGCAGAACCAGCUGAACGGAACCGCUCAGACGAACAGCAGCCUGGAGCUCGGGGCUAACAUCCCGGCGGUGACCGUUCAGCCGGACCUACCGGUCUACACUAACCUUAACAGCUACGGCAGUGGGCCCCUGGGAACCACUGUCAACUACGCCACGGACACUGUACCGUUCCCGCCCCCUCCCUCUCAUCACCUGGGGACAGCCCCGCUACAGCCGGAGCUCUCCCGGGUUCAGCCGCCGAAGGAGGAGCCUCAAACGGUCCCAGACGUCCAGAGCUUCGGAGAGAGCCCACCGCUGUCUCCGGUCGACAUGGACACGCAGGAGCGCAUCAAAGCCGAGAGGAAGAGGCUGAGAAACAGGAUUGCCGCCUCUAAGUGUAGGAGGCGCAAACUGGAGCGGAUCUCCAGGUUGGAGGAUAAAGUGAAGACGCUGAAGACCCAGAACACCGACUUGGCUUCGACCGCGAGCCUGCUGAGAGAGCAGGUGGCCCAGCUGAAGCAGAAGGUCCUCACCCACGUCAGCAGCGGCUGCCAGAUGUUACCACACGAAGUCCAGGUUCACUGAUGGGAGGGAGGGAGAAGCUCAGAGGACUUCAUUCCUGUUGGUUCUUCUGUAUGUAGCCCAGAUGCGCCCCCCCACUCCCACUCUGCCAGGCGACAUCAACCGGUCUGUACAGAGCCGGCCCAAUGCAUAAGCGAAUCAAGCAGCUGUAAGGA